AUGGAUGACACAAUACCUACAGUUACAGUGACCACUUCCAAAUUAACUCCCGAGGAAUGUGCUGACUUUGCAAACAGUCCAUGCAUGGAUUCCUUUUAUUCUUUGAAGACACAAAUCGAGUCUGCCAAUGAACAGUGGGUGAUUGAGUUUUUAGAACAUGGGGGUCUCAUAAAUCUAUUAGACAGCCUUUGUGGCAUGACAUCUCAUGGCCCUUCAAAUUUCUCGGAUGCUCUUUUACAAUUUGAUUGUUUAUCUUGCAUAAGGGCACUGCUCUGUUUUGAAGUUGGAAUUGCAUAUUUGGCACAGUUGGAAAAUGGAGUCAAUCAGUUGGUUUCAGCGCUAAAUACCGUCCAUAGUAUGACCAAAAAGGAAGUCUUUGAGAUUCUGGCUGUUCUUUGUGUUUUUAAUUCCCAGGGUUAUUAUUCUGUUCUUCAGGCUUUGCAACAUUACAAGAAAGAAGCUGCUCAGACCCAUAGAUUCAGUAUUUUAAUCACAGAGUUGAAGCAAGCAGAUACUGUUGGGUAUAAGUGUUCCAUUGUAUCAGCCAUCAACUGCAUCAUCUCUGCAAAUGAUAACUUACAUGGUCGUCACAAGAUACGCAAUGAAUUCAUUGGACUUGGACUCUUGGAUGCUUUUACUUAUAUCCAAAAAGAAGACUCAGAUGAAGAUCUUAAUAUUCAACUAGAGUCAUUUUAUGGCCAAAAGUACCAAGAUGACGAUAAAUUAAAUAUGAUGUAUGAAGGUGACUUCCAAAGCCCCUCAGAACUUCUGAAUAUGCUUAUUGAAAAGAUAAUUGGAACUCCAAAAUAUAUUUCAUUCUUGCAUAUUUUACAAGAUUUAUUAAAGCUGGAACUAGAUGACGAGCAAAUAGACAGCUCUGUCAACAAAUGGCAAUUGAUAGAAAACCUUGUUGCCAAAGUUCAACAUGGAGAAACACCCCACUGGAUGGAACCACGUAAGGCAAAGAAACGGAAUGGCAGUGCAAAUGUUUUCAAAGAUGAUCUAGUAAGCUUUUCAAAAGGUUCCUCAUCUAAUGAUGCUAUUCUGCCAUUGAUCAAGGCUCCUGCUGGAACAGAACUUGAUCCUUACAGAAAUGAAAGAAAAGGCGAUGGAAAUUACAACAAGCUAUCAUUGUGGAUGUGUUUUACCCCCAGCAAGAAAUUAAAACGAUUGCAAUGGCUGAAGAUACCAUCAGAAGAAAUAGAUAAGCCAAAACGCUGUGUUUGGAGAGUCAGUAAUGAUUUUCUUCCAAUGUUGCCAAACUUCACCAAAAUUGAAGAAUUAUUUUCUACUAAGUUUCCCGAUGAAAAAUUGCAUGUCUCUAUGCUUCAUUCUUUCACUGGAGAUAUUUCAUCUCUUCAUCCAUCGGAGCAAUUUCUGAUGGAACUAACCAGUGUAAAAGACUUCCGUGUGUUACUGCAAGGUUACCUCUUGCAGGACGAAUUUCUGGCAAAAUUUGUUAAGCUACGAUCCAAUAUUCGGCAUCUUAUAGAUGCUUGCAAAGCCAUCCUUGAAGAUUCCAGCCUCAGAGAUAUGCUCCAUUUGAUCUUAGGUGUUGGAAAUUAUUUGAAUCAGGGUUCUUGUUAUGGUAAUGCCUGUGGCUUCAAGUUAUCUAGCCUCUCUCUGUUGGAAGAAAUGAAAACUUCUACAAUGGUCAAUCAAAGCCUCCUUCAUCAUCUUGUCCAGUUAGUAGAGGAAAAUGAUCGAGAAGUUCUUAUGUUCACGGCGGAAACAGAAACUCUGGAAAAAGCCUCUGAAUGUCGUCUUGAUGAUAUCCGUAGUGAGAUAAAUACGAUGAAUGAUAAUCUUAAACAUUUUCUUCAAGACUUGACUAUUGCCAGUUCAAAUGUAACACACAUUAUCCCUCUCAGUUUUAUUAAACUCGACUUUUGUUCACAAUACUCUUUUUCCGCACGACUGAGUUUAGGAAAACUUUAUAUUCAAGAAGCAACAUAA